CUUUCCGCUCACCGUCAUUUUUCCUGCAAUCCGCUAGAAUGUACGUCCAAGACACAGAUAGCGAUUCUUCGCUGAAAACCCUUACUCGAUCAGCUUCUUCAAAAACACAUCCACAGGACCCUUCUCGCGCAUACUGGAAACUGUCAUGGGCAGCAACUGGAACUCCUAGGAUACGCUCCGCGGAUAUGUCUACAGAUAUGAUGACGCGGUGGUCUCACCUCUCGUACCCGUUUAGUCCUCGUAUUUCUCGGGCAUGGGAUUACGAGAAGAACGCCGGAAAGGAAGAUGUAGACCGCGAUGACUUAACUACCAGCUCCCGAAUCACCAGCAUCUCCCGAAUGUUCCCUCCUCGGCCGAUGUCUACAGUCUCCGUGGAAUCGAAUCCGCCCAUGAACAUUACGCGCGAGAUAGCGUUUAUAUUUGUGACUUGUCUCGCGCAGUUUCUGUCGCUGAGUGCAAUGAAUCAGACGGUGGCUCCGGUGUUGGUGCUGGCGGAUUACUUCCAUGUCGAGGAUUAUGGCACGUUGAGUUGGUUUUCGGCUUCGUUUAGUAUGAGCGUUGGGACCUUUAUUCUUCCUGCUGGGCGGUUGGGAGAUAUGUACGGUCACAAAAAGAUCUAUUUGAUCGGAUGGCUUUGGUUUGCGGCGUGGUCCCUCGUCACUGGCUUCUCUUACUGCUCAAACAACAUAUUCUUCAGCAUAUGUCGUGCUUUCCAGGGAAUAGGACCUGCACUCGUCGUACCCAACGCCGUUGCCCUAAUCGGCAGAACACUACCAGUCGGCCAAAAACGAAUGAUAGGAUUCGCAUGCUUUGGAGCCUGCGGUCCACUGGGAGCAACAGCUGGCGCAGUCAUGUCGGCCCUGCUUGCGGAAAUGGUAUGGUGGCCCUGGUCCUUCUGGGUUCUAAGCGGCGUGUGCAUCAUCGCCAUGGUUCUUGCGUACAUCAUCCUCCCCGCCGAUGACAUCCUCUCGUCCCCAACCCAGAAAUCAGAACGACCCAAGUUCGACUACUGGGGCACCAUAACGGGUGUAUCGGGUCUCGUUCUUGUCAACUUCGCACUCAACCAAGCUCCACUAGUGACAUGGGCAGAGCCUUACAUCGGCGCACUCCUUGGCGGCGGCGUCCUCUGCCUCGUCAUCUUCAUACUCGUCGAACUCUACGCCACCGAUUACCCUCUCAUACCAAUCCGAGGGCUCAGCAUCGACGCUGGCUUUGCACUGACCUGUAUCGUGGCGGGCUGGGCAUCGCACGGGAUCUGGGCAUACAACCUCUACCUCUUCCUCGAGCAUCUCCGAGGCCACUCAGCGCUAUUCACAUCCGCCGAAACCGCGCCCGUCGCCGCCACAGGCGUUCUCUUCGCGUUCUCGACCGUGUGGCUUAUUCAGCGUUUUGGCAUUGGCUCCGUCAUGUUCCUUUCUAUGACGUGUUUCAUGGGUGGGUCUCUCCUCAUCGCGUUAAUGCCCCUCGAUCAAACGUACUGGCUGCAGACUUUCCUCUCGGUACUGAUUGCACCCGGUGCAAUGAAUCUGAGCUACCCCGCUGCAAACAUGCUGUUAUCAGCCACACUUCCAAGGAAACAGCAGGGCAUUGCAGCGAGUUUGGUCAGCACCAUGGUGAACUAUAGUAUCUCGUGUGGGUUGGGAGUUGCGGGCACUAUCGACCGGUAUGUUGUUCUGAACGAGCAGGGGAAGAUGGGACCACAAUUCCAACAUAAGAUCCCAUUGAGCGAUACGAGGCGUGAGGUUUCACUUUUGAGACUGAAGGGACUGAGAGCUGCGUACUGGUUUGCCGUCGGGCUCGGUGGGUUGGGGAUGCUUGUCGCGUUGGUUCUGAUUGUAGUGGAGCAGAGGAGGAAGAGAAGGAAUCGAUGA